AUGCUGCACAGCCAUGGCCAGUUAGAAAUGGAAAUGGAGAACGUGACUGUGGUCAUGGGCAUCAGAAAGUCAACUGAUGUCAGCUUGGAGAGAAAGAAAGUACAGAAGAUCAUUAUUCACAAAGAUUUUCAACCCCGCCACCUUGACAGUGACCUCUCCCUGCUCCUGCUUGCCACACCAAUACAGUUCACUAACUUCAAACUGCCGAUCUGCCUGCAGGAGAAGGAGUGGGCCUGGGACCGGUGUUGGAUGGCAGAGUGGGUAACAGAUAAUGAGGAUGACAAACAUGUCAUAUACCUGCAAAAGCUGAGAGUGGUGCAUAUUAAUUGGAGAGAAUGCAGCAAGAGGGUGAACCAGCUCUCCAGGAACAUGCUUUGUGCCUGGAAGGAACCAGGCACCAAGGGCAGGUGCCAGGGAGACAAUGGGGCACCUAUGGUUUGUACUAAUCAUGGAUCCAAAAGACUCUUCCAAGUUGGUAUCUUCAGUUGGGGCAUAAGAUCUGGCUCCAAAGGAAAGCCUGGUAUGUUUGUAUCUGUGGCUCGAUUUAUUCCAUGGAUCCAGGAGGAAAUGGAAAGAGAGGGGAGAGCCUACACCAUUUCAGGAGCUCUGAGAAGCUCCCUGACUCACGCUCCACAAUACCCUUUAUUACUAGGUUUGGGGUUGGGACCCCAAAUGCUGUUCACAGUGAUGUUUACUGAUGAUAAACCAAACCACUAA